AUUUAUUUAACCUCUCAUCUCGCCUCCCUUCUUGGAGAACAAGAAGCCCUCCCUCCUCCUCCGUCGCCGACCAAGUCCAGCGCGAGCGAGGGGCGGGGUAGAUCCCAGCGAGCGAGCGAGAGAGGAGACAUGACGGUGGUGGAGGAGCAGCAGGAGGCGGCCGUCGGGGUGAUGCGGCGGCGUCCCAAGAGCAAGAUCGUGUGCACGCUGGGCCCGGCGUCGAGGUCGGUGGAGAUGAUCGGCCGCCUGCUGCGCGCCGGGAUGUGCGUCGCCCGCUUCAACUUCUCCCACGGCUCCCACGAGUACCACCAGGAGACGCUCGACAACCUCCGCGCCGCCAUGGAGGACACCGGCAUCCUCUGCGCCGUCAUGCUCGACACCAAGGGACCAGAGAUCCGAACUGGAUUUUUGAAAGAUGGAAAACCUAUACAGCUGAAGAAGGGUCAAGAAAUCACAGUUUCCACUGAUUAUAGCAUAAAGGGUGAUGACAACAUGAUAUCAAUGAGCUACAAGAAGCUAGCAGUGGAUCUUAAACCAGGCAGUGUAAUAUUAUGUGCUGAUGGCACCAUCACACUUACCGUGCUUCGCUGCGAUAAAGAGCAAGGCUUGGUUCGCUGCCGUUGUGAGAACACUGCUAUGCUUGGUGAGAGGAAGAAUGUUAACCUUCCAGGAGUUAUUGUUGAUCUCCCAACACUUACUGAAAAGGACAAGGAGGAUAUUCUUAAAUGGGGUGUUCCGAAUAAGAUUGACAUGAUUGCUCUGUCUUUUGUUCGCAAAGGCUCAGACCUUGUAGAGGUCAGGAAGGUGCUUGGGGAGCACGCAAAGUCAAUAAUGCUGAUGUCAAAGGUUGAGAAUCAAGAGGGAGUUGCUAAUUUUGAUGAUAUCCUAGCAAACUCUGAUGCUUUUAUGGUUGCAAGAGGUGAUCUGGGGAUGGAAAUUCCUAUAGAGAAGAUCUUUUAUGCACAAAAGGUGAUGAUUUUCAAGUGCAAUAUUCAGGGAAAGCCAGUUGUGACUGCAACCCAGAUGUUGGAAUCUAUGAUCAAGUCUCCACGCCCUACUAGAGCAGAAGCAACUGACGUCGCCAAUGCAGUUCUUGACGGCACCGACUGUGUCAUGCUUAGUGGCGAGACAGCUGCUGGGGCUUACCCAGAGCUGGCAGUUCGGACCAUGGCCAAGAUCUGCCUUCAAGCAGAGUCCUGCGUUGAUCAUGCUGCUGUUUUCAAAUACAUCACUGCGUCAGCCCCAAUUCCCAUGAGUCCAUUGGAGAGCCUUGCAUCAUCAGCUGUGCGCACGGCAAACUCCGCGAAGGCAGCGCUUAUCCUGGUCCUGACCAGGGGAGGAACAACUGCUAGGCUUGUUGCCAAGUACAGGCCAUCGAUGCCGAUUCUGUCCGUCGUGGUUCCUGAGCUGAAGACCGACUCCUUCGACUGGACCUGCAGCGACGAAGGGCCUGCGAGGCACAGCCUCAUUGUGAGGGGGGUGAUCCCAAUGUUGAGUGCAGCUACUGCCAAGGCCUUUGACAACGAAGCCACCGAAGAAGCUCUCGGCUUCGCCAUCAGCAACGCCAAGGCGAUGGGCCUCUGCAACGCCGGUGAGUCCGUCGUCGCCCUCCACCGGAUCGGAAUUGCGUCUGUCAUCAAGCUCCUGACCGUGAACUAGUGGCAGACGGCAUGACAACAGUAACCACAAUUUUGCUCGGGGGAAAUUUUUUGAUGGGUCUACUUAACCACGCAUAUCUAUAGCUCUUUUUUGUCGCCAUGAUAGUGCCAUUUUGCAUUCUGGCACACCUUUGGGUGUUUACCGUUGAUGGGUUUAACCAUUGAAACAAGUUGAAAUUCAUUAUCGCUAUAGCAGCUUAUUUUGCUGCCUCUGCUGCUACUAGAGUAUUGAACAUGACAGCUAUUACGCAAUUUGUUCGUUAUUCUCUUC